AUGGCAUGUAAAAGUGCACAAGAAAUUUGGGAAGAGAUGGAAAUGAGAUAUGGAGAAAGUAAAGAGGAGGGGUCUACUACUCCGAAUAUUUUUACUCCAAAAGGUCAAGAGGAGGAAAAUCAUGGGCCAAUAACAUUGAUUAAUGAAGAGGUAUAUGAUUCACCUUCUAUUUUAGUUAAUGAUGUAUUUGAUGAUUCUUGUUUUAUAUCCUACAAUACAUCAUGCUAUGAAUCAUCUUAUGUUUCUUGUGAUGAUAAUGCACGCACUAAUUCAGACUACACCCAGCCGUGGCCACACCACACCACACCACACGGAGCCAGCAGCACACAGCAAGAAAAGAGAAAAAUAAAAAAACUGCUGCACAAGCUCCUACCAGCAGCCCCCAGACCCGAGCACCACCCUCCAGCAGCUUCCAGAUCGCUGCAACCCUCCUCUGUAACGUCCCUCCAGCCACCAUCCGAGUCCAGCGACCACGGCAAGCCGCAGCAAAAGUCCAGCAACCAUCGUGUCUGUUGCCUCCCGAGACGACCACCGGCCACCACUUACAGAAUAUCCAUGAACCUCCCUGAAAAGAAGCCGCUGCCCAAGCCAAAGAGGUCUCCCGCUGCUACUCCAGACCAUCCACAGCCUCCAUCCAUUCCAGCUCCAGCACCACCCUCGGCCACAGACACCAGACUUCCUUCCCCACGGAGCCACCCCCCAGAGCCCCCUGCUGCUGUUCGUGAGCCACGAUUCUCGACGGCAAGAUCUCCCCGUCUCCAUACUACACCAGCGCUGCAAUCACCAGCAACCAUCCUCCUCAGCAGCCAGUCUCUCGGUGUACCCUCACUCUCCAUCUCUGUCGUGAUACCACUCUCGCUUCCUAGCUCCGGCCACUCUCACGCAGCAAGACGAGCAGCAGUCUGUUGCUCCUCUCGGCCACUCACAGCGACGCCCAUCCAUACCAGCUUACCAGAACACCCGCGGUCAACCUUCGCAGUGGCAGCAGCAGCCCCGUCGCCCCCUGAUCCACGCCACCGCCGUCGCCAGAAGCCACCGGGAGGACCCUCCAAACAACCACCGCCCCCAGCUGUCAAUCACCAACAUCCAGAAACCAGUCCCGCCGCCGCUGCACCAGCUGGUCCGUUUUUCGGCCACUUCUCCACCAUCGCAGCCGUCGCAUCAUCCUCGUCGUCGCCAGAGUUUGUGCUAAGACGAGCCGCGGUACAGUCCGCAGCCACAACCAUCGCCAAAGCGAGCCACCAUCGCCGCUCUCCAGGAUCGCCGGCCAACCCAUUCGUCCACCUCAAGUCCGGCGACCCCCUGCACCAACGCCAACUCAGGCCUGCUCCCCCACGGCCACAGCCACCAGUCUCCACCCGCUGCAACUCCGGCGACCUCCAGCAUCACCCACAACGGUAA